CUCCCCUCCUUCUGAAUGGAGUGAGAAGAGCUGACCAGAGCUGGCCGAGCUCCAUGACUGAGACCCCAGAGGAAGCGCAGAUGCCUGGGACUCAGCGUCAGGACUGAGCAAGAGCACAGCAAUGAGUUCCUCUGGCCCCGGUUGUGCAGUGAUGGGGACACCGACAAUUCUGAUAUUCAUUCAGAUGCAGGAAGUGAAAGAGGUGUGGGGCAGAGGAGAAACAACAGAUGGCACCUCUGGUUUCUUCUGGUCUAACUCCUCUCCCUCAAGUGGGAAAAUUGAGGAAGUUAGGGGAGCUCAAAAGAAGCGGAAAGGGAGUAAACACUCCCUGGAGGAAGAGAUUAAAGCUGGCCCUAUAUCCAGCUGCCCCUACACACCAUCUGCCUGGGUCCUGAUUUCAAUUCCUCCCUGUUGUUAUUUACUGCCCCAACUGGGGAGAUCCCCAUUUAUAGACUCCUGGCGGCUCCUCCUUCUGUCAGCCCCACUCCUGCUUUUGAGGAUUUAAUUUUUUCCACCUCUGGUCAUUACUGCACAAAGAACUCAGGGAUCACCUCCUCUCGACUUUUCACAGCUCCUGCCCCUGCCUGGCCACUGGCCCUGCCUCCAUUUCAUCUCCGACGGCCUCAGAAGCUGUGUUGGUCCAAGCAUGUCAGUGAAGUAUGAAGACCUCCAGUACUUGGAGAGCGAGAAGAAAAGCCAUGGCUCUACAGAUGGGCUGCCUCCCCCACGGACCUUCCUACAACGUGUCCUCUCUGUCCCCUGGCCCCUCCUGCUCUCCCUGAGCCUCAGCCUCCUCCUGCUGGUCGGCAUCUGUGUGAUCGGAUCCCAAAAUUCCAAGUUUCAGAGGGACCUGGCGACCCUGAGAACGACUUUUAGCAAUUUCACUUCAAACACGGCGGCUGAGGUCCAGGCACUGAACUCCCAGGAUGGCAGUUUGCAAGAAAAGAUAACAUUCCUGAAAGCCGAAGUGGAAAACCACAAGCAGGAAUUACAGGCAGCCCGUAGCUUGAACGACAAGAUGUUUUCCCUGGAUGGCAAGUUGGAGAAUCAGCAGCAGGAACUCAAGGCAGGUUAUUCGGAAAUGCUCCUGCAAGUCCAACAUCUGGUCAAGAACUUGAAGUCCCUGACCUGCAAGGUGGCUGCUCUGGAGAGCAAUGGGUCUCGCAACACCUGCUGUCCCACUAAUUGGCUGGAGCACGAAGGCAGCUGCUACUGGUUCUCUUCCUCUGGGAAAGCCUGGCCUGAGGCUGAGAAGCAGUGUCAGCUGGAGGACGCCCACCUGGUGGUCAUCAACUCCAGGGAGGAGCAGAAUUUUGUCCAGGCCCACAUCGCCUCCUACACCUGGAUGGGUCUCAGCGAUCUGGAUGGAGUCUGGAAGUGGGCGGAUGGGACGGACUAUGAGACCAACUUCAAGAAUUGGAAGCCGGGUCAGCCAGAUGACUGGUCCGGGCACGGGCUGGGUGGGGGCGAGGACUGUGCGCACUUCCAUCCCGAUGGCAAGUGGAAUGACGAUGCCUGCCAGAGGCCCUACCGCUGGAUCUGCGAGGCCGGGCUGAGCAAGGCCACCUAGGAGGGUGGCCCGAGUUGUUUCCUGUGGACCCGCGCCACCAAGGAACUGGCGGGGUUGGGGGAGGGGGACUUGUCUCUCUGUGGGAGACAGAUGAGCCCAGGGAGACUGGAGCACUGCCAUCAUUUCAAAUAUUUUUCCUUAAUUUUGAAAAGACUGUAUAGUGUUCCUAAGGUAUUUUUAAAAUUUCUUCUUCAUUGAGGUGUAACUGACAUAUAAAGUUGUAAGAUAUUUAAAGUGUACAUCCUGAUUUGAUACAUGUAUACAUUGUAAAAGGAUUCUCCCAUAUAGUUAGAAUAUCCAUAACCUCACAUACUUCUCUUGUUUUCUAAGUGAGAACACUUGAAUUCUACUCUUUUAGCAGAUUUCAAUUAAACAUUGCAGUGUUAUCAACUAUAGUUACCAUGUUUUACAUUAAAACCAUCAGUUCUUA